AUGGAUGCUGCACUCGUGGAGGAACGUUUGCGCGCCUUCUACGCUAAGCACAACCCAGGCAAUGACCAGAACAUCGCGCAGAUCGUGCGCAAAUUUGCCGGUCGCGAGCGUCAACUAUGCGCAAAACUCUUUAAGAAAUACGGAGAAGCACCAGACUUUACAUCGGCUGGCGAUACUGCAAAAGAAAAGGACAUCACCAAGGCGGCAGGUCCAGCCACGGACAGUCCGCUGGACUUCCGCUCAGCCCAAUUUGAUGCUCUCAAGGCUCUUCAGACGCCUAAACAGCAAUUGAAGCUGCCAGUGGUCGCGGCUUAUCCUCUGGACAAUACCCAAAAGUGCCGACACUUGCUCCCCGAGUCCGAUGUGAACAGACAGACGCUUGUAGCUAGAUUAAAGAAGGCGAACCCAUCCGCAGCUGAAGCCAAAGCGGUGGCAGUGAAGAAAGUUCCUGCUCCUGCUACGCCGUCGCUGUUUGAACAACUUGCAGAAACUUACUUGGACGGCCCCUUUCGAGUUCUUCGUCACUGCUUCCUUGAACGAAUGAGGGUCUUCGUUGUCAUUCGUCGAGUUAACAGCGUGCGUGGAACAUGUUCUGGCUUCUUGAAGGCCUUUGAUAAGCACAUGAAUCUCGUUCUGCUGGAUGUCACUCAAGACUUUAUCCCACUCAGUACUCAUGAAAGGCUCCUGCGACAAGUGAGGGAAGACAAACGCCCCGUGAGUGAUGCAGUGUUCUCUGCUGCCGAUCAGCGGCGCAAUCGUCGAGUAUUUGCUAGUGCUGGUGGAACUCGACGUGAGUAUGUGAAGCAGCUUUUCAUUCGUGGUGACAAUGUGGUCUCUGUCAGUGCAGCUGUUGGCAAUACAACGGGUCAUCGGCCGCAGCAAACGUCUAGACAAGACAAACAACGCUCGUCCCGGUCGUAA